CUUCAUGCUGGCUUUGUCUCCCUGCUCCUGCUGGUUUACACUGGGCCUCACAGCCUUCUACACUGGGAUGCUGUCUCCUGCCCCAGCGGGUCCCAGUUGGUGUUUACUGGUCUGUACUGCUUUCCAGUGGGCUUGGGUCAACUCCUGGCAGCGGCGGCCGCCGUAUUCGGUCCUGGCAGAGCCUCCAGUCUACGGCAAAGGGGCUGAAGGCUCCCCGCGGGCGGCCAUGAUAGUUCCAAAAUGUCACGUGCCUGAUAGGAAGCGCCGGCGCUGCCAUAAUCAUUACUGGCACGGGCGCUGACGCUGCCUGGAGGGGACCAUCUUGGCCCCGGUCCAGCCCGGAGGCAAUCUUGACUUUUGGCAAGUCCUCCAGGUGUCAAAGGGGGGCGAAGGCGGCCAGCAGCCAUCUUAGCUUCUGGCAAAGACCCUCUUGGAUCUCGGGGGGAGGGCUCCCGGUCUCGCCGCCCCGUGCAGACCCCGGCCCCCCGCGACCGGGACCGCCCCCCACCCGCGACUCGAAGGCGAACCGGGGUGGGCGGGGCCAGCGCGUGACGCACCGGAAGAGUUGUCACGUGACCGCAUGGUCAUGUGACCCGGCUGGACGAAGGCAGCUCCGCUUCGACUCCUGCGGGUCUUAAAGGCCCCGCCCCCAUGGGGUCGGACGUCGCCGGGGGGACCUGGCAGCCCCUCCCCCCCUCGGACGAUGAGGAGCCCUCCCCACCCCCCGCGACCCCUGACCCCGCCAGCUGGAGGAAUGGCAUCGCCUUCUGGAUCCUGGGCCUGUGCAACAACUUCGCCUACGUGGUGAUGCUCAGCGCCGCCCACGACGUCCUGCGGCGCCACCAGGGGCCGCCCAAUGGCACGCAGCCGGGCCCUCUGGAGCCGCUGUCCCCCAACGGGUCAUCGCGCUACGACUGCAACGCCAUGUCGACAGGGGCCGUGCUGCUGGCUGACAUCCUGCCCACGCUGGUCAUCAAGGUCUCGGCCCCCUUCUACAUCCACCUGCUGCCCUACGGCCUUCGGGUGGGGAUCUGCGUGCUCAGCGCCUGGGGCAGCUUCCUGCUCGUCGCCGUGGCACCCAGCGUGGCCCUCAGCUUGGCGGGCGUGGUGCUGGCCAGCGUGUCGUCGGGGCUGGGGGAGAUCACCUUCCUGGCACUCACCGCCUUCUACCCCAGCGGGCCGGUGUCAUGGUGGUCGUCGGGCACGGGGGCCGCGGGGCUGCUGGGGGCCGUCUCCUACCUGGGGCUGACACAGGCGGGGCUCAGCCCCCCCCAGACCCUACUGGCCAUGAUGGGGGUGCCCCUCGUCUUGCUGCUCAGCUAUUGGUGCCUGCUGCUGCCUCCGACCCCUGAGACCCCCUCCCCCACCCGGCAGCCCCUCCUGGAAGGGGGACCCCCCAAGCCAGAGCCCGGGCCAGCGGCACUGAGCCUGGCAGACAAGGGCCGCAUCAUGAAGGGCCUCAUCCGGCACCUGCUGCCUCUGGGCCUCGUCUACUUUGCCGAGUACUUCAUCAACCAGGGGCUGUUCGAGCUGCUCUACUUCCCGCGGUCGCGGCUGACGCACCCGCAGCAGUACCGCUGGUACCAGCUGCUCUACCAGCUCGGCGUCUUCAUAUCGCGCUCCUCGCUGCGCUGCGUCCAGCUUCGAGCCACCUGGGUCCUGGCCCUGCUGCAGUGCGUGAACCUGGUGGUGCUGACGGCAGCCGUGGCCUUCCGCUUCCUGCCUGGCAUCGCCGUGGCCUUCGUGGUGGUGCUGUACGAGGGGCUGCUGGGGGGCGCCGCCUACGUCAACACCUUCCACAACAUCGCCCUUGAGGUGCCGGCGCGGCGGGAGCAGGAGUUCGCGCUGGGCGCGGCGUGCAUGGCCGACACGUUGGGCAUCUCGCUGGCGGGCGCCGCCGCCCUCCCCGCCCACGACUACUUCUGCCGCCUGCCCUGACGCCCCCAAGCCUGGCCCCAAUACAGCUCCUGCCUCUG